AUGUUAUCGCAUGAGAAUCUUUUAGCAGCAUCAAAAGGUAAUAUUCUUCGUCUAGAACGAGCUAAACUCAAAGGAUUCGUUACAAUUCGACAUUGUUCAAUAUUACCAUUGGCUCAUAUAUUUGAACGAUUUAUUCUUCUGGGAGUCUUUCUACGCGGUACUCAAGUAGUAUUUUGUCCAGUACCCGAAAAGCUUGUUGAGUAUUUUUCCAUUGUAAAACCUACUCAACUUACAGUUGUACCUCGUAUUCUCAACAAAAUUUACGAUACGGCCAUGAUCAAAGUUAGUAAAAGUAAGAUAAAACAAUAUCUUGUUCAACAAGCAUUACAUAGUGAAGAAUCAUGGUGGUUAUCUCGUUUAAUUUUUCGUAAAGUAAAAAAAUUAUUCGGUGGUGAAUUAAAAGCAAUGUUUACUAGAGCGGCACCAAUGACACCUGAUGUAUGGCAUUUUUUUCGUAUUGCACUUGAUAUACCUAUUAUGACCGGAUAUGGACAAACAGAAUCGACAGCUUGUGGUACCAGUACUCAUGCUCCUGAUAUGUCUUGUGGCACAAUUGGUUCACCUGUUGCUACUGUCGAAAUCAAACUGAUCGACGUACCAGAUACGAAUUAUCGAAGUGAAAUGGAUCAAGAAGAAAUUUGCAUUCGAGGUCCGACUGUCUUUAAAGGUAAAUGCCGUUCGUUAAUGAGUCGCCACUGGCAAGUAAAUCUUCUGAGAUGUCAAAUCGGUAUUUGA